GCUUCAGUCUGUCUCUCUGUGAGAUGCAGCACCAACUGAGGAGUGAGGGGGAGAUGAGCAGAGGGAGGGAGGAGGAAGAGAAGUGGGAGGGAUAAGGAAAGACUGGAGGAAGACAUAGACAGAGAGAAAGAGGAGAGAAGAAGGAGUGAAAUUGAUAAGCAUUGAGAGAAAGAAAGAGAACGAAUGGUGCAGCAGCAGCAGCUGAGCAUCUGUGUCUGACUUCUGUGGAGUUCGGACUCGGACAUGACAGAGUUGCAGCAUCCAAGUGUCUGAGCCUGAGCGUCUCCAGUUUGUGCAUGUGAGAGAGUGUGUAGUUUUUGUGUGUGUGUGUGAGUGAGUGUGUGUGUGUGUGUGAGUGAAGCCAUGGCGAGUGCCCAGCCAGGGGUCCAUGCAUUGAAACUCCAGCCUCCCUCUGUCUCCCAAACACUGAGGAACGGAAGUAACUUCAUUAAAUGGGAUGAGGAUCUGUCCACAGUUACACCAGUGACUCUGUGUGUGGAUCCACACGGGUUUUACCUCUACUGGACUGACCAAAGCAAGGACACAGAGUUGUUGGACCUGACCCUCAUAAAAGAUGUCAGAACGGGGAGAAGCACCAAAACACCCAAGGAGGCCAAACUGCGGGAGCUGCUUGAUGUGGGAAACCUGGUUGGUCGCCUUGAGAACCGCAUGGUAACCGUGGUUACGGCCUCGGAUCACGUAAACGUCAACCAGCUCAACUUCAUCGCCGCGCAGGAGGACGAGGCCAAGGUGUGGUGUGAGGAAUUGUUUUCACUGUCUUCCAAUCUGCUGAGCCACAAUCUUAACAGAGACCGCAGUCUGCUGAAAGUAUAUGUCAGAUUAACUCUCCAGCCAAAUGCAGAGGGGAGAAUUCCUGUCAAGAACAUUGUUCGGCUGAUCUCAUCAGACAGAAAGAGAGUCGAGAAUGCCUUGGAGAGCUGCAGACUGCCCUACGGACGGGGUGACAGCAUCAAACUGGAGGACUUCACUCUUGAAGUUUACCGGACUUUCCUGGACAGUCUGUGUCCUCGUCCUGAACUCUGCGGCAUCUUUAAACACCAAGGAGGGGAUGAUGGGGCUUUGUCAGUCGAUCAGAUGACAGAGUUCAUCAACAACAAGCAGAGAGACCCGCGGCUGAAUGAGAUCCUCUACCCGCCUCUCCGUCCUGCACAGACACGCGCUCUGAUGGAGCGGUACCAGCACGACCAGGCACAGCUGAAGCAAGGUGUGAUUUCUCCCCAGGCGUUCUCCACUUAUCUGUCCAGUGACGAGAACGGAGUCAUUCCUCCAGACAAACUGGAUCAGUCUGAGGACAUGAGCUUCCCUCUGUCUCACUACUUCAUCAACUCGUCACACAACACAUACCUGACAGCGGGUCAGCUGGCCGGCAGCUCCUCAGUGGAGAUGUACAGACAGGUUCUCCUGGCAGGAUGUCGCUGUGUGGAAUUAGACGUGUGGAAAGGGCGAACGGCCGAGGAGGAACCUGUCAUCACUCACGGCUUCACCAUGACGUCUGAAAUCCCGUUCAAGGAAGUGAUUGAAGCCAUCGCAGAAUGUGCCUUCAAGACGUCACCGUUUCCCGUCAUACUCUCCUUUGAAAACCACGUGGACUCCUUGAAGCAGCAGGCCAAAAUGGCUGAGUAUUGUCAAUCUAUUUUUGGAGAGGCGCUGUUGAUUGACCCCCUGGACAAAUACCCUCUGGAGUCAAGCGUCCCUCUGCCCAGUCCUCAGGAGCUGAUGGGCAAAAUCCUCAUCAAGAACAAGAAGUCGCACAAACCCCCCAGUAGCAACGACACCAGGAGACUGACGGACCAAGCUGCCAGUCAGAGCAACGAGCCAGUGUCUCCUAGCAACAACACGGGAGAGAUGGAGGCUGAGAGUGAGGAAGAUGAUGAUGAUGAAGAUGAUGAUGGUAAAAAGGGCUCAGCAGAGCGUGAGGCUGUGGCUACAGAGGAAAUGUCAACUCUGGUAAACUACGUUCAACCAACCAAGUUCAACUCCUUUGAGGCAUCGAAGAAGGCAGCCCGCUGUUACCACAUGUCGUCUUUCGUGGAGACCAAAGCUUUGGAGCAUCUCACAAAGUCACCAGUGGAGUUUGUGGAAUAUAAUAAAUCCCAGCUGAGUCGCAUCUACCCAAAAGGAACAAGAGUUGACUCGUCCAACUUUAUGCCUCAGCUCUUCUGGAAUGCUGGAUGUCAACUGGUGGCUCUCAACUACCAAACCAUUGAUUUAUCCACGCAGCUGAAUCUCUUCGUGUUUGAGUACAACGGUCGCAGCGGCUACAGACUGAAGCCAGAGUUCAUGAGACGGCCAGACAAGCACUUUGACCCCUUCACUGAGAACACAGUGGACGGCAUCGUGGCAAACACGCUCUCCGUGAAGGUGAUUUCAGGCCAGUUCCUGACUGAGCGGCGGGUGGGCGUGUACGUGGAGGUGGAGAUGUUUGGACUUCCUGUGGACACCAGGAGGAAAGCGCUGAAGACCAAGACCUCUCACAACAACAACGCCAUCAACCCAGUGUGGGACGAAGAGCCAAUCGUCUUCAAAAAGGUGAUUCUUCCGACUCUGGCCUCUCUGAGAAUCGCUGCUUUUGAGGAAGGAGGAAAGUUUAUUGGUCAUAGGAUUAUUCCUGUGACGGCGAUUAGACCAGGUUAUCGUUACAUCGGCUUGAGGAAUGAGAAGAAUCAGCCUUUGGUUUUACCGGCUGUGUUCGUCUACAUCGAGGUCAAAGACUACGUCCCGGACACAUUUGCAGAUGUGAUAGAGGCUCUGUCCAACCCCAUUCGAUAUGUCAACCUCCUGGAGCAGAGGUCGAAACAGCUGGCAGCUCUGACACUGGAGGACGGGGAGGAGGACACACAGACUGAGGACGAAGUUGAAACCUGUGCGGAGCGUAAGACUGAUCUGAAAUCAGCACCACUGGAAAAUGGACUCAGCCCCGCCGCCGGUCCUGCAGGACACACGCCGACUGUCAUGACGCCAAAAGCUCCCUCAGCCAAUCAGCAAGCAGCUGUUUCAGAUGUGGCCAAACCAGCAGCAAGGAGUGAAGACCUGGUUUUAAGUGUUUUGAUAGAUGUUCCAGUGAGCACCAUGGACAGUCUGCAGCAGUCCAAGAUUUACCAGAAGGACCAGAGACGUCAUUUUAAAGAGCUGAGGGAGCUGGUGAGACGACAUCAGAAGAAAACCUCUGAGCUUCUGCGAGAGCUCAACAACAAGUACAAGAAAACAGCCAGGCAGUGCAGCAAGAGUCGGUAUGCACGCGUGAUGAGUUCACAGGAAACACAUCGGGUCACUGGGACUGAUUCUGAUAUAAAAGUCGUGUGUGUAUCUGUGCUCAUCAGGGGCUCGGGUUCGGAUUGUGAGAAAGACGAACGUCUGCAGCAGCUGAGAGACGAGCAGCAGCAGCAGCUUCUGGCUCUGAGGCAGGAACAGUACUACAGUCAGAAGUAUCUGCAGAGGGAACAUAUCAAAAUGCUGACAGAUCGACUCAGCAGUCUGGCUGAAGAGAGUCACAACAGACAGAUGAGGAAACUCAAAGACAUUUGUGACAAGGAGAAAAAAGAGCUGAAGAGACAGAUGGAUCGAAGGAGAACAGAGAAGAUCAACCAAGCGAAGACCAAAGAGAAACAUCUGGCUGAGGAGGAGAAGAUUGAGAUCAAUAAGUCCUAUGUCAAUGAAGUCGUCCAGAACAUAAAGCGGCUCGAGGAGACGCAGGUGAAGCGCCACGAUCAGCUGGUGGAGCAACACAACAAGCUGCUGCAGGAGAUACAAGACCAGAAACCAAAGCUGCAGGGUGCCGUGGAGGCAGAGUUUCAGGAAAAGUUCCAGCGCUUGCCCGGAGAGAUUCAAGACUUCCUGCAGGACAGGAAGACAGAGGUCAGAGGUCACAGCAAGUCCCGACCAUCGACCCCUCACGAAACUCUGUCAGAGGACGACUAAGGAGGAAGCUGGAGAAGGAGAAAGGGAUUGUUGAAAGGCUAGUUAGAGAAAAGAAGAGAUGUGGAAGACGAUGAAGACUGUUACUUUUUAAAUGAGCGAAUACUUUGUUUUUUUCAAUUCCAUCCGAGCAUGCACCUUUCUGCACGUCAACGUUUUUAUUUAAAACUCAUUCGGUCUUAUUUUCUGUUACUUUAACUGAAAUCCAAUGGUUUGUACUGCAUGAUCUAUCUAUCUAUCUGUCUAUAUUGCUGGUUAGUUUGAUAUCUAGCUAGCUAUAUCUAGCUAUCUUUAUCUGACACACAUUUGAGGAUCAUACAUCAGACUCGAUGUCUGUCUAUUUUAUAUGCACAUGGAGAAACUUCAGAGUCACUUAAGGUCCACAUCUGUGAGUCCACAGAGGUCUAUGUGAUGUAAAUAUGAAUUAUCUGCCCAGAAUCACACGCUUUCAUCCGUCUGCAAACUAAUGUGGUAUCAGGUACUCAUAUGCCAGACCUACAUGUGCCUCAUUCUGCAGGCACGUGUGCAUGAGUGGAGUGUGUGCACUGAACAUGGAACGCAAAGUACAGAGCGGCUUUGAAACCUCAGCAACAAACUAUUUCAAAAUAUCAGUGUUUUUACGCACAGGGAAAAAACAAACAAACAUAUUAAUGACAUAUUUUAUCUUUAUCUGUAGUAC